AUGACCGUGACUGCGGUCCACACCAAGAAGAAGCCCGACCUGGCACCAGAGAGCGAGCGCUUCCUGCGAUGUUGCGCCGACGUCGCCAACGCCCUCAUCGAAGACCAUGAAGCCUCCAAGGCUGGUCGCACCACUCGCGACAUCAACCUCAACUCUCUGCGCAACAAGCUAGCCAAGAAGCACAAGCUCAUGAACAUUCCGCCCUUGACCGCCAUCAUCGCCUCUAUUCCCGAGCAUUACAAGAAGUAUAUCCUGCCAAAGCUCAUCGCGAAGCCUAUUCGGACGUCUUCUGGAAUUGCCGUCGUUGCUGUCAUGUGCAAGCCUCAUCGAUGCCCUCAUAUCGCUUAUACCGGCAACAUCUGCGUCUACUGCCCUGGUGGGCCAGACUCCGAUUUCGAAUACAGUACACAGUCAUAUACUGGAUACGAGCCGACUUCAAUGCGAGCCAUUCGUGCGCGAUACGACCCCUUUGAGCAGGCGCGAGGACGAGUCGACCAGCUCAAGUCUCUUGGUCACUCUGUUGACAAGGUCGAAUAUAUCAUCAUGGGAGGCACCUUUAUGUCAUUGCCCGAGUCAUACCGAAAUGAGUUUAUUGCGCAGCUUCACAAUGCGCUGAGCGGAUACCAAACAACCAAUGUGGAUGAAGCUGUGGAGGCUGGCGAGAUGAGCAACAUCAAGUGUGUCGGUAUUACAAUUGAGACACGACCCGACUAUUGUCUACAGCCUCACCUUUCCGAUAUGCUGCGAUAUGGCUGCACAAGAUUGGAGGUUGGAGUUCAGUCGCUUUACGAAGAUGUGGCACGAGACACAAACCGAGGACACACAGUAGCUGCUGUCGCAGAGACAUUCUGCCUUGCCAAGGAUGCUGGAUACAAGGUCGUCAGCCACAUGAUGCCUGACUUGCCUAACGUGGGCAUGGAGCGAGACAUUGACCAAUUCCGAGAGUAUUUCGAGAACCCUGCCUUCAGAACGGACGGUCUCAAGAUCUACCCGACCCUUGUCAUCCGAGGCACAGGCCUUUACGAGUUGUGGCGGACGGGGCGGUACCAGAACUACACACCAAAUGGCCUGAUCGAUCUGGUGGCUCGGAUCUUGGCCUUGAUCCCACCCUGGACGCGCAUCUACCGAGUGCAGCGAGAUAUUCCCAUGCCCCUGGUCACAUCUGGAGUUGAGAACGGCAACUUGCGUGAGUUGGCUUUGGCUCGGAUGAAGGACUUUGGCACGACUUGCCGAGAUGUGCGGACGAGAGAGGUUGGUGUCAAUGAGAUCAAGAACAAGAUUCGACCCAAUCAGAUUGAACUUGUUCGAAGAGACUAUGUCGCCAAUGGUGGCUGGGAGACCUUCCUUGCCUACGAGGACCCCAAACAGGAUAUCCUCGUUGCUCUACUACGGUUGCGAAAGUGCACAGAAAAGUACACUUACAGGGAGGAGCUCAUCGGCCAACCCACCAGUAUGGUCAGAGAGCUUCACGUCUACGGCACAGCCGUCCCCGUGCACGCCCGCGACCCCCGCAAGUUCCAGCACCAGGGUUUCGGUACACUACUUAUGGAAGAGGCCGAGAGGAUCGCACGGGAGGAGCACGGCAGCGACAAGAUCAGCGUCAUCUCUGGUGUCGGUGUGAGGAGUUACUACAAGAAGCUCGGAUUCUGGCUUGAUGGGCCUUAUAUGAGCAAGUGGUUGGAUGGACGGGAGGGUCCUCAGUGA